AUGGUUAGUGAAUUAAAACGUCCUGGAGAAGAUAUUGAUUCCGAUAAUGAAAGUGUUAAUAGCAAUUCUAUCCAACAAGAAAAGAAAUUAAAACUACAGUCACACAAUUUCAGUCAUGGUAGUCAGCCUGUAUCUACUAUUGAAAUUAUUCCCUCAGAUUCUUAUAGAAAAUAUAAAGAACAAGGUUUUAAAUCCAAGGAUCAGGACCUUCAUGGUACUCAGAUGGCCUCUCUUUUCGAAAGAGAGCUAUCUGAAUUAGAACAUGAGGCUGCUGCAUCCAAAGAACAUGAAACAAAUUAUGCACGUAAGGAAUUACCAAAAGACUUCGAUCCAAAUACAUUUGAUAUAUCUUUUCAACAAAUAGAUGCAGAACAGAGUAAUUUAUCUGGUUUCAAGGAUGGAAACACUUCUAGCGUAGUAAGAUUUUUUGGUGUCACCACAGAAGGUUAUUCUGUAUUGUGUAACGUCACUGGGUUUAAACACUAUCUAUAUGUCCCACAACCCAAUAGCGAUUCUGCAUCUGAUCCUGAAGAAAGAUCCAAAUUUAUAGAUUAUUUAAAUGAAACAUUUGAUCAUUGCAUAGACACUAUUGAAGUAGUAGAAAAACAAUCUAUAUGGGGGUACAUAGGUGACACAAAGAUUCCAUUCUGGAAAAUAUAUACUACUUUCCCAUCUGUAGUAAAUAAAUUAAGAACAGCUUUUGAAAAAGGACAUAUCACAUUCAAUUCAUGGUUCAGUAAUGGUACAACAACAUAUGAUAAUAUCGCCUAUCCGUUGAGAUUAAUGGUGGAUUGUGGUAUCGUAGGGAUGUCAUGGAUAACAUUGCCUAAAUCAAAAUAUCAUAUGAUUCCAGAAAAUGAACGUGUCUCCACUGCACAACUUGAAAUAUCUAUCAAUUAUAAAGACCUAAUCGCUCACCCCGCCGAAGGUGAAUGGUCCCAUUCAGCGCCUUUACGUAUAUUGUCAUUCGAUAUUGAAUGUGCAGGUAGAGUUGGCGUUUUUCCUGAACCAGAACACGAUCCUGUCAUCCAGAUUGCCAAUGUUGUAUCCAUAGCAGGUGCAAAAAAACCAUUUAUUCGUAAUGUAUUUACUGUAGGAUCAUGUUCCCCAAUAACGGGAUCACAAAUCUUUGCUCAUGACACUGAAAAAGAAAUGCUGAAACAUUGGAAGGAUUUCAUUGUUCAAGUAGAUCCAGAUGUAAUAAUUGGUUAUAAUACUACAAAUUUUGAUUUACCUUAUUUAAUCAACCGUGCCCAUGCACUAAAAAUUGAAAGUUUCCCCUACUUUGGUAGAUUAACUAAUGUCAAACAAGAAGUCAAAUCAAGUGUUUUUUCAUCUAAAGCAUAUGGUACUAGAGAAUCUAAAAAUAUCAAUAUAGAUGGUAGACUACAAUUAGAUCUUCUUCAAUUUGUUCAACGUGAAUAUAAGUUAAGAUCAUAUACUUUGAAUGCUGUGUCAGCACACUUUUUAGGAGAACAAAAGGAAGAUGUUCAUCAUAGUAUAAUUACAGACCUAUUUAAAGGUGACAGUGAUACGAGAAGAAGAUUGGCGGUGUACUGUUUAAAAGAUGCAUAUUUACCCUUAAGAUUAUUAGAAAAAUUGAUGAGUUUAAUCAAUUACACCGAAAUGGCUCGUGUUACAGGUGUUCCAUUUUCCUAUUUACUGGCUCGUGGUCAACAAAUUAAAGUCAUUUCCCAAUUAUUUCGUAAAUGUAUUCAAAUUGAUACUCUGAUCCCUAAUUUAUCAUCACAAGCCACUGACGAACAAUAUGAAGGUGCUACAGUUAUUGAGCCUAUUCGUGGCUAUUACGAUGUUCCUAUUGCAACAUUAGAUUUCAAUUCCUUAUAUCCAAGUAUUAUGAUGGCCCACAAUUUAUGUUACACAACUCUGUGUAAUAAAGCUACUGUGGAAAGAUUAAAUUUGAAAAAAGAUGAAGAUUAUAUCAUAACGCCAAAUGGUGACUAUUUCGUAACAGAAAAGAAACGUAAAGGUAUUUUACCUAUUAUUUUAGAAGAAUUAUUGUCAGCAAGAAAAAGAGCUAAAAAGGAUUUAAAGAACGAAAAAGAUCCCUUCAAAAGAGAUGUUUUAAAUGGUAGACAACUAGCCCUAAAAAUUUCGGCAAACUCUGUCUAUGGUUUUACAGGUGCUACUGUGGGUAAAUUACCAUGUUUGGCUAUCUCUUCCUCUGUCACAGCCUUUGGCCGUGAAAUGAUCAUGCAGACUAAAAAUGCGGUACAGGAAAAAUAUUCUAUUAAAAAUGGGUACAAACACGAUUCUGUAGUUGUAUAUGGGGAUACAGAUUCUGUUAUGGUUAAAUUUGGUUCUACUGAUUUAAAAGAAGUCAUGCAACUAGGUACAGAAGCUGCUGCCUAUGUCUCCACAUUAUUCAAACAUCCAAUUAAUCUGGAGUUCGAAAAAGUCUAUUAUCCUUAUCUAUUGAUUAAUAAAAAAAGAUAUGCUGGUUUAUUUUGGACAAAGAUUGACAAGUAUGAUAAACUAGAUCAGAAGGGCCUUGCUUCAGUUCGUCGUGAUUCAUGUUCUUUAGUAUCUAUUGUCAUGAAUAAAGUUUUAAAAAAAAUUUUAAUUGAAAGAGAUGUAGAAGGUGCAUUGAACUAUGUAAAGUCUAUUAUUGAUGAUAUUUUACAAAAUAGAAUAGACAUCUCCAAAUUAAUAAUAUCAAAGACUCUGGCACCGAACUAUACUAAUCCUCAACCACACGCAGUAUUAACUGAAAGAAUAAAGAAGAGAGAUGGUGUAGGUCCAAAUGUUGGUGAUCGUGUAGAUUAUGUUAUUAUUGGCGGGAAUGACAAGCUAUAUAACAGAGCGGAAGAUCCAUUGUACGUCUUGGAACAUAAUUUACAAGUAGAUUCCAAAUACUAUUUGACUAAUCAAUUACAAAACCCUAUUAUCAGUAUUAUUGCUCCAAUCAUUGGCGAGAAGAAGGCGAAUGCCAUGUUUAUUGUUAAAUCUAUUAAAAUCAAUACCGGUACUACUAAAGGUGGAUUAAUGGGAUUUGUUAAAAAAGUUGAUGCUUGUAAAGGUUGUCGUGCUCCGUUAAAGAAAGGUGAAACUACAUUAUGUUCAAAUUGUUCGGCAAAAUCCAGUCAACAUUUUAUUAAGGCAUUAUACGAUGUCCGUGAACUAGAGGAAAAAUUCUCGAGAUUGUGGACAGAAUGUCAACGUUGUGCAGGUACUUUGCAUACAGAAGUUUUAUGUUCAAACAAAAAUUGUGAUAUCUUCUAUAUGCGUGUCAAAGUUAAGAAGGAAUUACAAGAAAAGAUAGAACAAUUGAGUAAAUGGUAG